GCAGUUUUGUUUUGCAUUUGCAGAAACCUUCAGUCCAAUGGUUUAACAGGAAAGCUACCUCCAGAGCUUGGUAACUUGAAGUACCUUAAAGAACUUCAUAUCGACCGGAAUAGGCUUCAAGGAAGUCUUCUUGCUGCUAGCUAUCCCUCAAAAGUUGCAAAUAAUGGCAGCGGUUUGUGCAAGUCUUCUCUGCUGAAAGUAGCUGACUUUUCAUACAACUUCUUUGUGGGGAAAAUUCCCAAGUGUUUGGAGCACCUUCCAAGGACGAGCUUUCAAGGGAACUGCAUGCAAAACAAGGAUCUUAAGCACAGACCUUCUUCUUCUUCCCAGUGCGGUGCGUAAAGAUAUAUAUAGAUUUUUAUUUUUCAGUGAGUCUCGGUUUACUAAAUGUAAUCCUUGUGGCAGCUCAUGAAAGCCCGACCUCCCUCCCUAAGCACCAUUCAGCUGAAAUUGUGGCUAAGCAUCAUAGACCUAAGUGGCUUCUUGCGCUUGAGAUAGUCACAGGACCAAUGUUUCUCUGAUGCAGCUGGUUGAUUUCGAGUGCUGGAAGACUAUUCUUGCGAGAUCAGAAAAGAAUUUGAGAAAUAUUAAUAGCCAAGGUGCGGUAUGCAAUGGAGAGUCGGUUUCUCGUUGUAUCUGGUAAUAUCUAUGCGUUUGGUGUUCUUUUGCUGGAGAUUGUGAGUGGUAGACCUCCUUUCUGCAAAGACAGAGGCUUCUUAACUGAAUGGGUAAGAAGAAAGCUUCAAACUUUGUUACUUGCAACCAACCAAAUGGGUUUGACUUUUUUUGGUGGGUCCGGAGCUGAAACAUUUUAACCAAGAAGAGCUUGAGACUGUAUGCGAGGCGGCGAGGCAAUGCUUGGACAGGGAUCCGAACAACAACAGCAACAAUAACAAGAAGCCAUCAGUGGAAGAGCUAUGUGAGAUGUUGGAGUGUGAAAUCAGUUUGUCGAUAUCUGCAGAGCUUCGAUCAUCUUCUUUGGCUUGGGCUGAGCUCGCGCUUGACUCGUGAUGAGGGGAAGAUAAAAUACUAUCUGGAAACCAAAACAACCCCCAACCUCUGUAAAUCAGUCGACUCGUUUACAAACAUUUGAUAUUGUUUUUUUUCUUUUUUCUUUUCCAAUUUCUCUGAUCUUAGAGGAGUGUGUUUUUUGAUCAAAAAAAAAAAGAAAAAGAGGAGUGUGUUUGAGUGCUUACGUGUUGCUUUUGUUCUUGAUUAGUUUUUUUUUUGGGGUGUUUUACAUUGUGUAUGUAAAGGGAGAGAGACAUAUAGAGUUUGUAAAAAAUACUUCAUCCGUUUCAAAAAAAAAAUACAUAUUUUAGAUUUUUUACACAUUAAGAAAACGCAUUAAAACUUUAUUGUAAAUGCAUUGUUUUAUAUGUUAAUAACAAUUUUUCAUAAUUUUUAGCCAAUAUAAAUCCAAUAAACACCAUUAACUUUUUUGAAAUUUACAAUUUUUCAUUAAAUAAUACAUUGAAAAAGUAAAAAAAAAUAUCUUUUUGAAACAAUUUUUUUUUACAAUGUGGAUCUUUAUGAAACAGAGAGAGUAUUAAAUUUGGAAUUUCUAUGAGAGGUUGAAUAAUGUGUAGUGAAGUAUUUUUGGAGCUUUGAUCAGGGGCGGAGGCAUAGAGGUAGUGGUAGGGUCAACUAACCACACUAAAAUUGGACAAAACAAUUUAGCUUAUUUUUUUCUAAAAUUAUUAUAAAAUUUAGUUAAAAUUUGACAUUUGACUCCAUUAAUUUAUGUUUAAAUUCACAUUUUCCUCCAUUAAUUUGUAAAAAAAAUUGUUUCUUAAAAGCAAACAUAAUAGGUUUCAAUGAAAAAAUUGCAAACGUUGAUUCUUACGAACAAAUGUAAAAUAACCAUGCUUUUCAUCAAAAUUGCAAACUUAUUUGAUUUGCGUUUUAAAGCCUGAAUUUAUUUUCUUGUUAAAAGUUGAUUAAAAAAUAUUUAUUAAUUGUAAGAUUAUGUUUUUAAAGUAAAUUAAUAACCAACUUACAUAUAAUUGUAUGGAAUGUAUUUUUUUAAAAGAAAUAUACAUAAUUUGUUACAUUUAAGCUCAUAAAAAACUAAUAAUUUGUAAAAUUUAACUUGCAUAGGGUAAAAAUAUGGGUUAUUGAUAUUUAAAAUUAAAUUUAUAAUGGGAUAUUGUUAUUACUCAAAGUAUGUAAAAUAUAUGACACAUAAUUUACUAUAUGAUCAACCUGUUUUUUACAAAUAAAUAAAAAAAAAUAAAUAAAGAAAAAUAGAAAUGACCUUCUCCAUAAUAUUAGUAACUUUAACGGUUUUAUGAAUCGUAAAUAUACAAUCAAAAAUAUACUGUGUAGAUUUUGAUGCAUAAUAUCUUAAAAUAACUAUGUUAAAUUAACUGCUUAGAUUUUGUAUAUGUGUUUCAAUUCGAUGUAACCUAUUUGUUUCUGUUUCGCCGGAUCCUCGGAAUGUACUCUCCAAUUGCCCAAGUUUUUUGAGUUGUUCUAAUACAUUAUUAUUAAAUAAUGUUUAUAUUUUUUGUUCGGUAUAACUAAAGCUAUUAGAAUUUUGGAAAGCUAAAUCUUUUUAUUGAUUUGGAAAAUAAUAGAUUCUUAAACAGAUUAUGUAUUGUGCAAUAUAUAGUUGAGAUACGAUUGUGAUAAAAUCAGCAGACUGAAAUGGGUGGUGAAGUUUCCAAGUUAUGUACAUUCUGUUUCUGUUGCGUUUCGGAGCGGCCAGAAGAAUCCAAUCGGUAAAACUUAUAGCUUUGAUCUACAAAGGGAAACUUGAUAACCACAGACGUAUUGCUGUCAAAAGGUUUAACAGGAAAGCUUGGCCUGAUUCUCGUCAGUUUCUGGAGGAAGCUAAAGCUGUUGGUCAGUUAAGGAACUAUAGGAUGGCAAAUCUGCUUGGAUGUUGCUAUGAAGGUGAAGAGAGACUUCUUGUUGCUGAGUUUAUGCCCAACGAGACUUUGGCUAAGCAUCUUUUCCACUGGGAGUCACAACCGAUGAAGUGGGCUAUGCGACUAAGAGUAGCUUUACAUAUAGCUCAAGCUUUGGAGUACUGUAUUAUGCUUAAACACUUGCGAAUCAGUGCGUGUGUGUGUGUUUCCUCAGGUCGUGUGACACCAGAAAGUGUGAUGUACAGUUAUGGAACUCUGUUGCUUGAUCUUCUUAGUGGAAAACACAUUCCUCCAAGCCAUGCGCUGGACCUCAUACGGGACAGGAACAUUCAAAUGUUGAUCGAUUCAUGCUUGGAGGGUCAAUUUUCAAGAUGCUUGCAGUAUGAGCCUCGUGAACGGCCUAACCCAAAAUCUCUAGUCACUGCAAUGAUUCCUCUGCAGAAGGAUCUUGAGGUAUGUAUGUUUUUACAACCACCCACCCUUCUUUUGUCUUUCUCAAGCUCUUGUAUUCUUUUGGCUGAUACGUUUUGUGCAUACCAAGCAGUGCCACAACAACGCCUCUUUCACCACUUGGAGAAGCAUGCCUAAGAACUGAUCUAACUGCCAUCCAUGAGAUUAUUGAGAAACUUGGAUAUAAAGAUGAUGAGGGAGCAGCCACAGAGGUUACUUUCUUUAAUCAUUCUCGUAAUUGUCUCUCAUUGCAAGUCCAUGGUACCUUGGUUACAUUCUUUGAUUCUUAUUGUAAUGUGAUCACCUUUUGGGCUUGUUUGUUGCUUUGUUUUUCUGCAAAAUUUGCAGCUAUCUUUCCAGAUGUGGACCAACCAGAUGCAGGAUUCACUCAACUUCAAGAAAAAGGGUGAUGUUGCUUUCCGGCAUAAAGACUUUGCAAAUGCUAUUCUCAGGUGAGUGUUUGAGGUUUUCAGAUAAAAGUUAGUGAGUAAAUCACAGACACUAGUCCUAUCACAGUUUCGGAUCAUAAAUUUUUAUUUUUAUUUUUUUUUGUUAUUGACAGUUUAUCGAGGGUGGGACAAUGGUUUCACCAACUGUUUAUGCAAGGAGAAGUCUGUGUCACCUGAUGAAUGAUAUGCCCCAAGAGGCAUUGAAUGAUGCAGUGCAAUCCCAAGUGAUAUCUACUGCUUGGCAUAUCACAUCUUAUCUUCAAGCUGUAUCUCUUUCAGCUCUAGGACAAGAGAACGAAGGUCAUGCUGCUCUUAAAGACGGAUCAAUGCUGGAAAGCAAAAGAAACGCUCUAUGAUGAUGGUAACAAAAGCACCAAGAGGAAAGCAAAAGAGCAAACAGAGGGAUUGUUUAUCUUCUGACAUUGACCCAAACACCCCCCAUAGGCUUUGCAGCAUAAGAUCAAAACCCACCAUCACCUUCAUAAGUAGAUAGGAGCUAUCACACAGCUCUGUGUGCAUCCUCAUCAUUAUCAUCACUGGUUCUUCUUCCUUUCUUUUUUUCUUCUAAAUACUGGAUGAUGCAUUCAUUUGGUUUUGUACGGCAAAUUGGACUCUUGUUGUGUGUUUCGGUUACUGGCAUAUGAUCAUUUCCUUAUUAUACAGAAGAUAAAGUUGCAUACUUUAAAUCUUUGAUGGGGAUUGGGAAUAUGUGUGAUUGCGGAUUUGCUUUGAUGGGUUCCAUUAUUUGUAAUCGGUGUUUUAUGUAUAGAGAGCACUUUGUAUUUUGACUUGAUGAUCUUUUGAAUUUUGCAUAUCAGAAAUGUUAUUGUU